AUGCCUACUGAGGGUAGCCGAGAUGCCCAGCGCAGUACCCCCCAGGAGGGUACCUCCCAGAGGGGACCGUCGACGGAGGUCAAUCUCCAGGCCGAGGUGGAGCUCCUCCGCGCCAGUGUCGUCAAGAUGUCCGAGAGGUGUGACCAUCUUCACUCCAAGAAUGUUGAGCUGGAGCACGACUACCGCAUCCUGAAGCGUAACUGGGAAAGGAACCAAGCCCAGGGCUCCCAACACAACCUUACCCCCGGAACCUGA